GUGAAAGUUAGACUGAGCGACAGCUGCAGUCGACACAAGUCUGUUUUCUCUGAAGGAAAACUAAACUGAGUCCAUCAGGUUUUUCUCAACAAAACAGCAGAGUCGGAUCCAAACACUGUGUGUCGACAUGUCUGCUGCCAGUUGUCUGCUGACUGAGGAUCAGUUUCUGUGCUCCAUCUGUCUGGAUGUUUUCACUGAUCCAGUCACCUUAUCAUGUGGACACAACUUCUGUAACAAAUGCAUCACUGAACACUGGGAUGUUAAUGUCCCAAACCAGUGUCCAAACUGUAACAAGGUUUUCUAUAUUAGACCUGAGCUGAGGGUCAAUACUUUCAUCUCUGAGAUGGCUGCUCAGUUCAGACAGUCAGUUCAACAGAAAACCAGCAGCAGCAGCUCAGAGCAACAAGCUGCCAAACCAGGAGAAGUUCCCUGUGACGUCUGCACUGGAACCAAGCUGAAGGCCCUGAAGUCCUGCCUGGUUUGUCUGGCCUCCUACUGUGAGACUCACCUGGAGCCUCAUCUGACCAUGUCAGGCCUGAAAAGACAUCAGCUGAUCGACCCUGUGGAAAACCUGGAAGGCAGAGUGUGUACGAAUCAUGAUAAACUGCUGGAGCUGUUCUGUAAGACUGACCAGGUGUGUGUCUGCAUGCUCUGCACCUAUUCAGACCACAAGGCUCAUGAUGUUGUUCCUCUGAAAGAAGAAUAUGAAGGAAAGAAGGCUGAGCUGAAGGAGACAGAGGCUGAAAUUCAGCAGAUGAUCCAGAAGAGACGACUGAAGCUUCAGGAGAUCAAACGCUCAGUGGAGCUCAGUAAAGAACGAGCAGACAGAGAAACAGCAGAAGGUGUUCAGGCCUUCACUGCUCUGAAGGAGUCUGUUGAGAGAGGCCAGGCUGAAUUCAUCAGGACGAUCAAAGAGAAGCAGAGAAGAAGAGAGAAACAGGCUGAAGACUUCAUCAAAGAGCUGGAGCAGGAAAUCUCUGAGCUGAAGAAGAGAAGCAGUGAGGUGGAGCAGCUCUCAGUCUCUGAAGAUCACCUCCACCUGAUCCAAAGCUUCUCAUCCCUGAACACUGCUCCACCCACAAAGGACUGGCUGAAAGUUGACAUCCGUCCUCUGUCACACAAGGGGACAGUGGUGAGAGCUGUGAUUCAGCUGGAGCAGACACUUAGUAAACAGUUGAAGAAGUUUUUUGAGAAUGAGCUGAAGAGGGUCCAGCAGUAUGCAGUGGAUGUGACACUGGAUCCUGAUAUAGUACAUCCCAAACCCACCCAGUCUAAUGAUAAAAAACAGGUAAAUGAGCGUUAUGUCUGUAGAUGUGUCUUAUCAAAGCAGAGUUUCCCUUCAGGAAGAUUUUACUUUGAGGUUCAGGUUAACAGGUGGUCUAUGUGGACUUUAGGAGUGACCACCAAAUCCAACGUGAAGGGACGAAUCACACUGAGCCCCAAGAAUGGUUUCUGGACUCUAUGUUUGAAACAGCGAGGUGGGUACCAUGUGUCUACUGACCCAUCAGUCCUUCUCCCUCUGAAGUCUCAGCCUGAGAAGGUGGGGGUGUUUGUGGAUUAUGAGGAGGGUCUCGUCUCCUUUUAUGACGUUGAUACUGCAGCUCUUAUCUACUCUUUUACUGGCUACCCGUUCCGUGACGAACUCCACCCAUUCUUCAGUCCCUGUAAUAAUCAUACACAGGGUCCCACUCAUAGCUCAGACUCUGAAGAGUGA